CGUCACUAUUCACCGUGGCGCGCCUUUCUGAGCGACAGAAAUUACAGAAUAGUGGACGCCUCUGCUCACAAAGGGAUUAGUAGUCCACAAGUCCACAUCAUCCAGACAUAUAAAUUCAGCAUCCAACAUGCAAUCUCUCAUAAACUCAUCCCAAUCCCAAAUUCACAAUGUCCUUCACCACUUAUCCCUGUUCCCACUACCGCCCGCUCCCCUUCCCUCUUAACGACACCCAGUUCCCGUUCGACGGUGACAGCGCCCAUAAGAAGGUUGAAAUCCAACAAGCUAACCGUGCUAUCCGCAAUCAGGCUGUUUGUGAACAUGAGUGGCACGAUCUUGCUGUUUUCCAGGCUCACCUCGAAGAGCAACGACUCCUCGCUCGACGCCGCCGUUUAGAUGCUGAGAACUUCUUUGCAGGGACCACCAAUCCUAGAUGUUCUCACAGGUUCAAUAACUCGGCUUCGUGUGACUUACUACAACCCAAGGUCUCUGGCUCGGACGAGCCCUCGCUCAAGGACAUGAUCUCUUCACAUCUCGAGGAACAGCGCCGUCUUUUGGCAGAGCACCGGUCCGAAGUGCGCGAUGUGCUCCAGGCGAUUCUUACCCACCUCUCUAAAGGCACUACGAUCAAAGCUCCUAUCGAACGCGAUCCCGUAUCAUCAUCAGUCAAUGUCAACGAGAAGGGACCCGUACUUUUGCAAGAGGGAAAAGGAGAAGCCAGGGAGAUCUCUGACUCUGACACCCAAGAAGAGUCUGCUGCGUGGCCAGCACAGGUCGCCUCCUCCCUCUCCCAGAUCUCUUCCCUCUCCACCCGUCUCGAGAGCCUCCUCGCUGCCUUCCAGUUCCCUGCUGAGCUCGAUUUCUCUCCAGCCCUCGACACCGCUGGUGUAUUUGCAUUGACUUAUACCCCGGCCAAUGCACCUGUUCGCGCUCAGGAGCAUGCGCUUUCGUUGCUCUUCGCAGACUUGGACAACAUUCCAAGCUUUGGGUCAGGCGUAGUGAGGAAUGCAAGGCGUGCGGUCGUGACUCGUGUGGAUCAAGCGCUUAAAGAGCUUGAUAAAGGUGUGGAGGAGCGUAAGGGCCGUGCUCGUGCUAAGAAGGCCGACCCCGUUACAAUGCCUAUUAAGCAGCCUACUCGCCCAAAUUAUGCUGAUUCCUCGGAGCCCGGGAACGUUACCUCUGCAAAUGUUGCGCUCGCUCAAGUCUCCGUUGUAGACGAAGUUCCCAUUUAGACCUGCAGUUCCAAUCGCCGCCUGAUAUCAUUCAAGUUCUCUUGUGCCUCGGUAUUUUCUUUACAUUUCACUCAUGUUCUAUGUCUCGGAUCUUAUCCUUGUACAUACUAUAUAUUAGUUUAUGAUUACUGUACUCUGGUCAGUAUAUGUAACGAGUCAGACCAAGUUGCCAAUAUUGCAAUGUAUGUAUUUUGUACAAUAUUGUCGAUGAGCUG